AGGAGGCAAUGCUCAUGAUAGUGGAGGAGAAUGUUCCUAGAUUUUUACUUCUUUCUUGCAUGAAGGUAACUAGGUCGUGACAUAAAUGUACCCGUAGAUGACCACUGGAUUGACUACUACUAGUGCUACUAGCUCGACGACUACUCGGUAAAAAUCAAAAACCUCCCUGAUUUUUUUUGAGUGUGAACAUCAAGAAGAGUGAAAACUAACAGGAAGACCGGGCAAAAGAGCCGACAAAAACGAACAAAAUGGGGGUGGUUGUGGAUAUGCUGUUUGCUUUGUCUGACGAGCUAGAACGGAGCGAGGACAUUAGGGCUGUUUUUGAAGUUCUUGGCACAGCGCUCCCGAUACUCAUGUUUCUGGCUCCCGCUGGUGCGUUUUUUGAGGUCUUCAAGAAAAAGUCCGUGGGUACGCUCACGCCACUCGCCUUCACGUUUAUGUUCACUGUCGUGAGUUUGAGUGCCAGAAUUGAGAAGUAGAGAAUUUUGGUACCGGACCUGAUGAUGUUCAUCUUCAAGAAGACCCUUUCUUGAUACAACUCCUGAUGAAUUCCAAGUUAUAGGCUCUAAGUACGUUAUGGAGGGAAAAUUAUUUUACGACAACUUACAACUGGUAUUUUUGUAGUAAAGAAAUAAUAACUCCGUCAACGGCGCCCGCCGCCCUGAUUAGUACGGCUAAUUUAGUAGGAAAUAAGUGCUUGUUCUUAAUUAUUGAUCACUUUUCACAGGAAAUUCGUACUUGUUGAUUCAUUUCUGCACUCGUGGGAUGCUGCCUUUGCUGGCUGAUCGUUGGAUUGGAGACCAUGGAAGCACCGAUGAUUCGACCAAAUGUGGUCGGUGUAGCACUGGGCGUCAUCUAUUGUGGGAUCUAUUUCUAUUCCUUGCGCUGCGAACUGCGAAGCCCUGCUUUGAACAAGUUAUGAUGACCAAGAACAUCAAUUUUUUCUUGAGAUGAGAAGAUUUUUUCUGUAAGCUUCUUAGCUGCUAGAAUAAAUAGGGAUUUUUCCCAAAUUUUUUUCGCUUUUUCCCAAAUUUAAGGUUGAGUUUGUUAUUAUGAUGUAAGGGCUAGUUAUCAGUGAUAACGAACAUGAUGUAAGGGCUACUUAUCACGAACAUGAUGUCUUGUUUUUCCCUUCCCUGUAGACCAGGUAUAUUCUCUAAGUGCUAUCAAUUUACCUAUCUCUUGUUGUCGUUAUUUGUAUCCGCCCUUUAUCUGGCUUUAUUUCACUCUCAUGUCGCGAUGCCGCAUCGCCGAAAAAGAGGUCAAGAUCGCGGUCCCCAUCACCGAAAAAGAAAGCGGCAAUGGCUCAGUCUUCGCGCAAGUAUGGCAGUGCCUUUGGUCGCCGAAAACUCUAAGUAAUAAGUCGACUUCGUAGAAGAAGAGCGUGUCUACUCAAGCAUAUAGUGCUGAAGAAGAAGACCAAAUGAAAAAACCAGCAGUUGGAAAUGGGACGUGUGGCCCUCCACCAUAUUGUGUACGAUGUAAACUGAAUUUCUACAGCAGAAAACGAUGUAAAAAUUGGUAGAUAAGAGGAAAUCGUUCCUUGUAGAUUUUUCUCUGUAGACAUGUUUUUCCUGGAUGUAGUACUAACCUACCUUCAUCGGGAAGCGGUUCUUGACACGUGCAUGCGGGACUUUCUUCGGCAGCUGUUUUUCUUUGUCGGUGUAAUCUCAACUGCGAGCGGGGCAUUGGCAAUUUACGGCCUUGGAGAGUGGUGUCCUUCAGUCGCGUGUGCGCUGCAGAUGGUCAUGUGUGGAGCGCCGCUCGAGAGUCUCGGUGCCGCAUGGAAGAAGAAAAACUCAAUCUUACUAGGUACUUUUUUUUUACAACUACUUGUUCAAAGUCUAUUUUCUGUAUUGAAUACGAGAAGGAUUAUUUGUAGGCGUAGUAUUCGUAGUCCCAUUCUUAGUAUUCCCAGCCAUUGGAAUAUAAUCAGCCUGAGCUAAAGGUAAUCUCACCAUACCGAGAUCCCUAUACUAGAUAACAUCUGCUCACUGUCUCAUACAACUCUACUCUCGACGGUCGAUAAAAAGAUCUGCUCGUCAUAGUCUAUGUCAACAUUCACUCUCAAACACGAGACCCCUCUCUACUCUAGACCCCUUUCUAUUCUAGGUCCUAUGGCAAUGUGCGUCGCUGGCUUUUUAUGUUCCGUAGUAUGGACCGUGCUUGGUGUGGUGUGGAUGAAGCUCUAUUCAGUUGUUAUCCCAAAUCUUCUUGUAAGGGUUCCCACAUUACAUCCUUCACUAACAUCCCGCGCACUGAUUUUUUCCAGUACCAAAGGACGAGUCAGGGGUGUUGUUCUGAAGAAUGCAAUGUCGGAGCCUCUAACUCUUGGCGUCUUUACGAAUGGAGCUGCCAUAGUUAUGUGGGCCGUGCUCAAUGUCGCCCCAAAGCAGAAAACUCUCAAAACGGCAUGAUUUACACUGAGUCCGCAUACUCUAGUGAACACCUCGCGAGCAGGUAAAGAAAUGCAUGCUAUUGCAGGAGGAGGAUGGCUGCUACGGCAUGAUUAUUAAGGAAAUCCGUCACGCGCGCGUGGGGAAGGAUUCUCGUAUUUGCUGCAUGCGUAUAUGGUGAGUGUUGUUCUUGUUGUUGUGGUGGAUGUCAGUCGAAUUUAAAUUUUGUGGGGAUCAGAAAAGGUGAUAUUGGUGUACAUAAAAAAGAUGUCAACAUUGUGGGACGUGUCAUCAUGUACGAAACACAGUCGCAGUCGAAACGACUACUUUCGCGCAUUUGGAUGAGUGUCCGUGUCCUCAACGGUUAACUUCUACUAUAUUAAAUGAUGAUGUGCCUGUACGGCAAUACUUUGUAUGAUAAGAACACGCACCCGACUUCAUAAUGACUUCGCAUGUAGUCCAUAACCCAUAACAAACUUCUGGAAGGAUCUCGUCCCCGCUUUUUCUCAUUUUUAGAGUUCUUCAGCUUCAGGUAGACUUCAUUGGCACAAAUUUAUCCUAAGAUUUGAGAAGUAUCGUUGAAACAAGUGUUCGUUGUAGCGGUCGGCAGAGAAAACGCCUAUCUGUUAUGUCUUUGUAAGUAACUCUGUGCCUUAAUAACCCGCUUCCUAGAUGACUCUGCGCCUGUUUAGCUCUGUCUGUGAGUGACUAAUUCUGGUGUGCUGUCUCACUAUGAGUAUUGUGGAUCUUCCCAAUAUCUUUGUUACUGUCGAUCCCCAAAUUAUGAAUCAUCUCAAGCAUGAGCAUGAAGAUCAUCCUACCAGUACAGAAGUCAACAACUUAAAGACUUACGAACAUCAUGAUCAAGGAAACAACAGGAGCAAGAAAAUCAUAACGACAGCAACACGAAGAUCAACACCAUCAAGAUCAACACCAUCAAGAUCAACAACAUCAUCAACGUCAACAACAAGAUCAAAGUCUUAAGGUCUUAAACGUGUGCAGCAAGUAACAAGUUGAUGAGUUAAAUAGUUGGCCCGGAUCUAGUUAGCUUAGGCAGAU